UGAGGUGAUAAAAAGGGAUGAAGCAGGAAAUGCAGGCAGAUUCACAGACAAGAAGUGGGGAAAGCGCUUUCAGAGGAUUCACUAUAAACAGACACAGACAUGCCCGAGCCCAAGAAGCCAGCAGCCAAGGGCAACGAUGCUGCAGCAGCCCCUGCCGAGCAGGUCUCAGGGGAGGAAGCUCAGCCGUCAGAGACGAGCGGCCUGUUCGUGCUGAAGCCCGAGAGCGUCACUGCGACAAAAGGCAAGGACGUCACGUUUGUGACCAAAGUGGACUCGUCGAGCCUGACGAGGAAGCCGACCAUGAAAUGGCUGAAGGGGAAGUGGCUCGACCUGGGCAGCAAAGCUGGGAAGCACCUGCAGUUUAAAGAGUCCUAUGACAGGAACACCAAGAUCUACACUUACGAGAUGAGCAUCAUCAAAGUGGUGGAUGGCGAUGCAGGUGGCUACCGCUGCGAGGUCACCUCCAAAGACAAGUGCGACAGUUGCACAUUCGACGUGUCUGUGCAGGCCGCGCAACAAGAGCAGCAGGACAACAUCUUGGAGGCGUUUAAGCGAUCCGGAGACGCAGGUGAGGAUGCUGGAGAUCUAGACUUCAGUGCGCUGCUCAAGAAGAGAGAAAGGAAACAACAGGAGCCCAAAGAAGAAGUGGACGUGUGGGAAAUCCUCAAAGCAGCCAAGCCCUGCGACUACGAGAAGAUCGCCUUUCAGUACGGCAUCACAGACCUGAGAGGCAUGCUGAAGAUGCUGAAGAAGAUGAAGGGGGAGGAGAAGAGGAGUGACGUUUUCCUGAGGAAGCUGGAUGCGGCCUACACGGUGGACAAAGGCCACAAGCUCCAGCUCUCUGUGGAGGUGGACGACCCCGACGUUCCCGUCAAGUGGCUCAAGAACGGACAGGAGAUCCAGCCGUCGGCCAAGUAUGUGAUUGAGAGCGUGGGCAACAAGCGGACGCUCACUAUCAACAAGUGCAACCUGUCGGAUGACGCGGCGUACGAGUGCGUGGUCGGGGAGGAGAAGUGCUCCACGGAGGUUUUUGUCAAAGAGCCUCCGGUCACCAUCACCAAGCUGCUGGAUGACGUCCACACUGUUGUGGGUGAGAAGGUGGAGUUUGAGAUUAAAGUGUCAGAGGAAGGAGCCACUGUGAAGUGGAUGAAAGAUGGAGUUGAACUGAACAGAGACACUGCGGGUUCAAAGUAUAGGUUUAAAAAAGAUGGGAGGAAGCACAUGUUGAUCAUAAAUGAAGCAACGCAGGAGGAUGCGGGGAUGUACUACGCCUUCACCACUGGAGGAGAAUCCAAAGCAGAGCUGGAAGUGGAAGAUAAGGAGCUGGAGGUUCUGCAGAGCAUCGCUGACCUGACGGUGAAGUCUGCUGAACAGGCCGUGUUCAAGUGCGAAGUGUCCGAUGAAAAGGUGACGGGGAAGUGGUUCAAGGACGACGUUGAAGUCCAGCCCAGCGAUCGCAUCAAAAUUUCCCACGUUGGACGGACCCACAAGCUGACAAUUGAUGAUGUGAAGCCUUCAGAUGCUGGAGAUUAUACCUUUGUCCCUGAUGGUUAUGCUCUUUCUCUCUCUGCAAAGCUCAACUUCCUAGAGAUCAAAAUUGAAUAUGUCCCCAGACAAGAUCCUCCCAAAAUCCACCUGGACACCAGCUCCUUUGGCAACAAGAACACCAUCACCGUGGUAGCUGGGAACAAGCUCCGCUUCGACGUGGAGAUCACCGGCGAGCCGGCCCCCACCGUGUGCUGGAUGAAAGGAGACAAUGUGGUGGCUGAGGCCGAAGGACGAGUCCGCGUGGAGUCGAGAAAGACCCUGAACAGCUUCGUCAUCGAGGGGGCGGAGAGAGCGGACGAGGGGCCCUACAGCAUCACGGUGACUAACCCCGCCGGCGAGGACAAGGCCGAAAUCUAUGUCAGGAUCGUCGAUGUGCCCAACCCUCCAGAGAAUGUCAAGUGCACAUCAGUUGGCGAGGACUAUGCCGCGGUCACAUGGGACCCUCCUCCAUUCGACGGCGGAGUUCCUGUUAAAGGCUACUUAAUGGAGAGGAAGAAGGUGGGCUCGUCCAGGUGGACCAGGCUGAACUUUGACGUUUAUGAGUCCACCGCGUACGAGGCUAAGAAGAUGAUCGAAGGUGUCCUUUAUGAGAUGAGAGUGUUCGCAGUCAACGGCAUUGGCAUCUCUCAACCCAGUGCAAACUCGAAGCCCUUCAUGCCCAUUGCCCCCACCGGCGAACCCACUCGUCUCACGGUGGAUGAUGUGACAGACACUACCUGUGCUCUGAAGUGGCGUCCUCCAGAGAAGAUCGGGGCGGGAGGCAUCGACGGUUACAUCAUCGAGUAUUGCAAAGAAGGAAGUGAUCAGUGGGUGCAGGCUAAUGAGACACCAGUGGAAAAGAACCAGUACAGGGUGAAGGACCUGCCAGUGGGGGAAAAGAUGUUGUUCAGGGUGGUGGCCGUUAACGUUGCCGGGCGAAGCCCCCCUGCUGUUAUCGCCCAGGCUGUCACCAUCAGAGAGAUCAUGGAGAAUCCAAAGAUCCGCCUGCCUCGCCAUCUGAGAACCAAACUCAUCCAGACUGUGGGCGAGAAGGUGAACUUGGUAAUCCCCUUCCAGGGGAAACCUCGCCCUCUCGUGACCUGGUUCAAAGAGGGCGUUCCCCUGGAGGACAAAUCGGUGGGAACCCGCACCAGCGAGCGUGACACCAUCCUCUUCAUCCGCUCGGCCGAGAGAAGCCACUCCGGGAGGUACACGCUGUGUGUGCAGAUCGAGACCAUGCAGGACAACGCCGACAUACACAUCCAGAUCGUAGACAAACCGGGUCCCCCCGUUGGAGUGCACGUCACAGACGUUUGGGGCUUCAACGCCGCUCUGGAGUGGAAGCCACCUAAAGAUGACGGCAACUGUGAGGUCACUGGAUACACCAUUCAGAAGGCCGACCUGAAGACGAAGGAGUGGUUCACGGUCUAUGAGCACAACCGCAGGCCCAGCUGCACUGUGUCUGACCUGGUCAUGGGGAACGAGUAUUCCUUUCGAGUGUUCAGCGAAAACAUCUGUGGCCUCAGCGAUGAGCCCGGCAUCAGCAAGAACGCCGCCGUCAUUACGAAAACAGGUCUGGCUUUUAAACCUCCUGCCUUCAAAGAGAGAGACGUCAACAGCUGCCCUAAGUUCACAGCGCCCCUGGUGGACAGAAGUGUGGUUGCAGGUUACGCCGCUGCCAUUAGCUGUGCCGUCCGUGGCAACCCCAAGCCAAAGAUCAUUUGGAUGAAGAAUAACAUGAUUAUUGGCGAAGACCCCAAGUUCCUGAUGCAGAACAACCAGGGCGUGUUGACUCUGAAUAUCCGCAAGCCGAGCCUGUUCGACGGGGGCGUCUACUGCUGCAGAGCCGUCAACGAUCUCGGGCAGGAUCAAGUGCAGUGCAAGCUGGAGGUUCGAGUUGCACAGGAAAAAGCAGAGGGGGUGAAGAAGUGAGCGACAGCGCGGAACAGCAGAGGAUACAGGAAUAGUAAUGGAUUAUGUAUAACAGGACAGUCAUGAAUAAAUGUGAUUAGAAUAGACCACUGGAAAGGCUCCGGAGCCCCCCCCCCCUCACCUUACUGUAUAUGCUGCUGCUGCUAUGACGAAUGCCACAUCAGUAAUAUGCCAUAAAUUCUUACCGCACGCUCCCACCUUGUCACAUCCUGACUGAGAGCAGCGAGAGAGUAGUGUAGUAGCACUGCCCCGCUGUGACCACAUACAGAUGGAUCCUUCUUAUCUGUGAAGUGGACCUGUCACUGAGCACACUUAUAAAACUGCCUGUCAUCCA